CCUCUUUCCUUAAACCCCCUCAGACCACGCUGCAGACCGACGAGGUGAAAAACGUUCCUUGUGGUACCAGUGGAGGAGUGAUGAUUUAUUUUGACAGAAUCGAGGUGGUGAAUUUCCUCAUCCAGAGUGCAGUUUACGACAUAGUGAAGAACUACACGGCUGACUAUGACAAAGCUCUCAUCUUCAACAAGAUCCACCACGAGCUGAACCAGUUCUGCAGUGUCCACACGCUGCAGGAGGUCUACAUUGAGCUGUUUGAUCAGAUUGAUGAAAAUCUUAAACUGGCUUUGCAGCAAGACCUGACUACAAUGGCCCCUGGAUUAAUUAUACAGGCAGUUCGAGUUACAAAGCCAAACAUCCCUGAAACAAUCCGGAGGAAUUAUGAGCUCAUGGAGAGUGAGAAGACAAAGCUGCUGAUUGCAGCGCAGAAGCAGAAGGUGGUGGAGAAGGAAGCGGAGACAGAGAGGAAGAAAGCUCUCAUCGAGGCAGAAAAAAUUGCACAAGUCGCCGAAAUCACUUACGGACAGAAAGUGAUGGAAAAGGAAACAGAGAAGAGAAUUUCAGAGAUUGAAGAUGCUGCAUUUCUUGCAAGAGAGAAGGCAAGAGCUGAUGCUGAAUGCUACACUGCUAUGAAAGUAGCCGAGGCAAACAAGCUGAAGUUAACUCCUGAGUACUUGCAGCUGAUGAAAUACAAGGCUAUCGCAGCAAACAGCAAGAUAUAUUUUGGCAAAGAUAUCCCCAACAUGUUCAUGGACUAUGCAGGAAGCCAAACCAAAUUUGCAGAGGGACUGGCAGGAGGAAUCCAAGAAGAGGAUGGAGCAGGAACGAGUGAGGACACAAAACUACUUCAUAACGUCAACUGAAUGGAAAGAUUUCUAUUUGUUUUAUAUCAAAAAAAGAAACAUGAACUGGGAAGUUCCUUUUCAUUUUCC